CUGCCGGUUUUGGGACAUAAUUUAUACAACUUAACAGGACUUAGACCGAUAGAGUAUUAUUACUAAGUAGACCACAAAAAUAGUAUCUUAUUUAAGAUCAAGAUUUAAAAAUUAACAUAUCCGUUAAAGGAACAAAAGUCAACCAAAUUAAGUCACAAACCGACUUUAAUUUGAAAAGGUCAGGCAAACAAGCAAACAAGCAAAAUACAUAUCAAUACUAAAUACUUAAUGAUCAUAAAUUACUUAAAAAGGAAUUUCCGUAACAAAGGGACUUAAGGCUAAUCAAUAGAAUAUUUAACAGCAGUUAAUUGAAUGGCGGUCUAAAUGCACUAUUAUGCAAACACAACAGAAGGACUUCAUUUCGAUGUUAACGUAAUUGCAUUAGCCUAAAACUAUGCAACAAACAAUUGCACAACUAAAUAAUUGCCAAAUAACGUUAGCACAAACACACAAGCAAUCAAAUACGCAAACACAAGUAUUACCGUUAAUAUAACUGUUAAAUAUAAAUAAGGCGCACUCAAACGCACAUAAACAAACAAAUCAAAUAUAUCAACACGAGCAGAUUUGUUUUGCCGCAAGUGCUGCAGUAGUGCCAUUUUAUUGUGAUUUUAUAUAUUUAAGGACACACACAUACGUAACCACACAUACACACAUUAGUCGAUAUGGCUCUCAUAUGGCGUCGCCGUUCAACUUCAAUCCUCAAAAUUGUCGCAAUUUUAGCAGCAAUUUGGUUCACCGGCGCAUUUCUCAUAUACACCGAUGAUUCAAGUCAAUCGAAUAGCAAAUGGAAUGCGAUGUCGUUGUCAUUCAAAGGAAUCGGUGCUGGUGGCAACUCCGGAGCGGGCAAUAUAGGCGAUAUGGCGAAUGGUGAUAGCUUCAAUGGUGGAGCUGGCAAUAAUAUUGUUGAAUCAGUUAUUGAUGCGAAUAAUCGUGAUGAAAGAGGUAUUGAUAACGUUGGCAAACAUCAUCGUCGUGGUAAUGAAAACGUUCCCAUUGAACAACCGGAUGAAUUGGAAGAAGGUGAUUUUAAUAAUGAUGACGAUAACGCUGGUGCUGCUGUUAAUAAUGACAUAAACGAUGGUGAUGAAUCAGUUGUAAAAAAUGUCGUAGUACAUCCGAAUGAGAAAGUACAACGCGGCAAGCUUAUAGCAGGCAACAAACAAAUCAAAAACGAACAACCACCAGAUGAUGACAAACGCGUCCUAGAUGCACCUGUUGGUGAAGAUGCGCCAGGCGAAAUGGGAAAACCAGUUACACUGCCAGCAAAUAUGUCAGUCGAAAUGAAAAAAGCAGUCGAUGAUGGCUGGACAAAGAAUGCAUUUAAUCAAUACGUAUCAGAUUUGAUCUCAGUACAUCGCACACUGCCCGACCCACGUGACGCCUGGUGCAAAGAACCGGGACGUUAUCUAGAAGAUCUACCAGCCACCGAUGUCAUAAUUUGUUUCCACAAUGAGGCAUGGUCAGUGCUGCUGCGUACAGUGCAUUCAGUGUUGGAUCGCUCGCCAAAGCAUUUAAUUGGCCACAUUUUACUUGUGGAUGACUUUUCAGAUAUGCUAUUGGAUGCUAAGCAAAGCUGGUGAGAUCCGCCGAGAUGAAGCUUGUCUCGAUUAUGCCGGACUUGAUGUUAUACUGUAUCCCUGCCAUGGCUCCAAAGGAAAUCAGUUCUGGUCCUAUAACAGUGACAGCAAACAACUGCGACAUGGUUCUUCCGACAAAUGCCUGACUAUCAGCGAGAAGAAGGAUAAGAUACUGAUGGAAGAAUGCAAUACAAGUCAUCUGCGACAACAAUGGCGUUUGGAGAACUAUGAUCCAUCGAAAUUGUGAGGCUACUUUUUUGCCAAUGGCACAAAUAUGAUAGCAAUCGCGACCCGCAGACGCAGAAAAUAGCAAUAAAAUCAUAAGAAGGAAAAAUUUUUUAAAUAGUGCAAUACAAAUAGGACUAAAAAUUAAUAUUAUAAAAAAUUGAUUUGAUCACUCAAAAUUUAGACAAAAUUUUACUGGUGUAAAUAGAAGUAAUUUCCGUUUCCUGUUUGUGAUGAUAUGAUGAUUUGACGAUAUGAGACGUGUUAAAACUUUAGUUCAAGAUAAUUUGAAGUCAAGAAUUUAGUUAAAUGAUUAAAUUUUUAAAUGAUUUAAAAUGAUUUCUUUUUUGAAAGCGACUGUUGUACAGUAGAUUUAAGCACAAAUUUUAGUUACGCCACAAAUUUAUAUCAACAAUAAAUUAAUUUGAUAGAAAUUAAAUUAUAUUUGAAUUAAAUAAAAUUAAAAAAAAAAUUAAAUAUUAUUAAAUAUACAAUAAAUCGAUACAAUGUAUACACGCUUGUGUGUAGGUGAGCUUUGAUGGCAGAGUCAAUGCAAAAUGUGAGCAUUUAAUUGAUUUCUACAACUAUAAGUCUUAGUUACUUAAAAAUAUUUUAUAUAUAAUUUAGUUAAUAAUUUAUUUAAUUGUAAUUUAUAUUUAAUUGUAAUUUCUGUGACUUUAUUUAACUUGUGCACAUUUGUAAAAAUUGACUUACUAUAUUUCAUUAUCUAAACUAGGGACAAAAUGUUAAGAUUUUCUCCU